AUGGGUUCCCCAGAUUAUUCACCCCUUCCUCGAGAAUCCUCGGAUUCGGAUCGAUACAUCGCCCCAAGUUCAGAUGGAUAUCGAACAUCUGAGGAAUAUUCCCUUCGUACCUCCAAGAGUCGUUCUAUCACCAUUAACUAUGUACUUAUUCUCCGACUCAUGAACCUCGCUUUCGGAUCAGCCGCUUUCGCACUAUUCGUUAUCAAUGGUUAUGAGAAAUAUAUUGCUGCUGAUGUCUUUCUCAUGCUCAGUUUGAUCUUUAAUACCGUUCGAAUCCUACAUACAUUCGUUUCAUCAGUCUUUCAUGUCACUGUUGAAAUUAGUCGUGGUUCAUGGCAGAGUCAAUUAUCUGUUAGACCAAAUGGAGCCAAAGCUACAAAUGUUCUGGAUUUCUUGUUGGCUAGUGGUUUAGCAUUUUCAAUGAUUGGUGGGAUGGUGAACAAUUAUGAAAAUUAUCUCGUGGUUGAUGGCAUUGUAGUCGCCUUUUUCGCUAUGGCCAUACAAUACAUCAUAGCAUUACCGAUUCAAAACCAAACUUUUAUGCUCAAAUUUCACUUCCACAGUGAAAGCGAAGAGAAUCGAGAGGGAUUCUUAGGACGAAAUGAUGCUCAUCGAAUUAUUCUCAGAGACGACGAAAAUAGACAAACCGCUGAGAAUUUGGUAUAAUUUCGACUCAUUGACAUGACAAUCUGGCAUGUCUAAGUACUGGUCCACUGGAAAGCUUACAUCGGUUAUGAAACACAGCUUUGCUGUUAUAUCUGCGGUUAUUGGGGAAGUAUUGAUUCAUAAUGAAUCGAAUUGACAAUUUGUUCCGUACUUCUACCUCGUCGUUCUUUAGGUAUCGGAGUAGAGGAGGGAAUACAUAUAUAUACUAUCAUUUAUUUGGCCUUUAUUCGUAUCUAUCUAUCUGUCAUUCAUUUAUUCAUCUAUCCAGUGGUUCAUUCGUUCCUCUAUCCAGUUGUUUGCUCGUCCAUCUACAUAACUACGGCGCAGGUCUUGAAAUG